AUGCAAACUGGGCAAAGGCAGACGACUGGGAACAGCAACAGUGCCCUCCCGCUGUGCUCUGCGGAGGAGGAGCAGAGCGAGGAGGAAGAGGAGGAGGAGCAGAGCGAGGAGGAAGUGGAGGAGGAGCAGAGCAAAGAGGAAGAGGAGGAGGAGCAGAGCGAGGAGGAGCAGAGCGAAGAGGAGGAGCAGAGCGAGGAGGAGGAGCAGAGCGAGGAGGAAGAGGAGGAGGAGCAGAGCGAGGAGGAGCAGAGCGAGGAGGAAGAGGAGGAGGAGCAGAGCGAGGAGGAAGAGGAGGAGGAGCAGAGCGAGGAGGAAGAGGAGGAGGAGCAGAGCGAGGAGGAGGAGCAGAGCGAGGAGGAAGAGGAGGAGGAGCAGAGCGAGGAGGAGCAGAGUGAGGAGGAAGAGGAGGAGGAGCAGAGCGAGGAGGAGGAGGUGGAGGAGGAGCAGAGCGAGGAGGAGGAGGAGUAG